AUGUGUGAAGCCUUGACGGAUGCGCACCGACACGGCACUACCCGAACACAAGGAGAGGACGACGUUUGCAGUUUUUAUAUGGGAAAACAAUUCCGGCCGUCCAAAAACUUGCACUUUGUGGGGUGUUUGCACUUCCAGGGGGUUGCACUUCCAGGGGUUUCUACUGUAGGUAACGAGACUGUGACCAGGUCCCCAGGAGAAACCAAGCAACCACUUUCCACUCGUCGUCCCUUUGGAGGCAAAGGCCUGGUUGCCUGGUCCAAAGAGAUCGUGGUUGCCCCCGUGGCGACCAGACCCCCCAGCCGGGGACUUCACCUCAAUGAGGUCAAGGCCGUCAUCCAGCGAGAGAAUGACGGUCGGGGUCCAGACACUGGCAGGCCAGAAGCAUCCAAUCUCGCUGGCGGAGAGAAGCGCCAGGCGCGUGAGAGGGCCAGAAAUUGGCCAUCAUCACGGCUUCCCAUGACGGCAUAUGCGCUGAGAGAUGUCUCAACGGAAAACACAAGCGCGACCAGCGUCCGAUGGCAGAUGGACGGGGAGGUGAAGAUCCCGUCGAGGAGAGAAAAUAUGUUGCAGGAGCUGUGCAGGGGCAGCAGUGUGGUUCAAGUUAAGAUAAGAGAUUUUGGGGCACCUCCCCCUCUCCCGUCCGCCUCCCGCAGAGAUAUUUUCGGGGUCCCGUUCCUUGUGGGCAACAGCUCACGGACCAUUAUCGUUCGAGGUUCAGUAAACUAG